UAGUGAGAGAAAAUCUUUUACUUUGUCGUGAGAUAAUUACAUACUCUAGAAAAAAAAUUAUUCAAAACUUGUUGAAGUUGAGGGAAAGAGAAGCUGGCUAUUAAAUAAAUUAAAAUAAUAAAAUGACGUUGAAAGACGACAAGGAAAUCCUAAUCAACGACAACGACGACGCUGCUGAUUUUGUUAAUUCCGUUGAAGUUUUAAGAAGAUGCUCUAAAGAGGACAUUAUUGAUACAUCUUGGGACGGAAGUUACUAUGCUUCCUUUCGUGAUCAAAGUAAAGAGACUGCUAACAAGACCCCACCUUUUGUGAGCAUCAUGGUGAGUGGCACUGUGAGCCCGGAGGACAAGAGUCACAGUUCAACUCAGACGGAACCAGCGCUAGCAAUAAACUGCAGCCUAAGGGACGUAAGUUUGUCGUUUACCGACGACUACAAUGCACGUGAAUCAACGUCUAACGAAAAUUCUGAUCAUUACUUGCGAAGUAAACGGCAAAGGUGUAAAUCUAGCGGUGACAACAGGGAACUUCGGCCCUGGAAAAAGACGAAAUGUACCGAAUCGUGUACAUCGAGUACGUCAGAUAUUUCAGACCCCAAGGCAUCUCUUGGGGACUCAACAAGCGCUCUGACCAGCGCCUCAGAGAUAUCGUUCAAAUCUGUUAACAGCAACCAUUCUUUUAAAGUUAGGAAGAGGAGACUGAAAUCUGAUUCGAAUCUAUUUAGGGAUGCUCUACAACGAUCAAGGAAGAGUACUAAUCUCAGCAGACUAAAUUGUCAUGAAGAUAACACGUCCGGUGGCACGCCGAGGAAAGAAAGAAGUUAUCGUCGAAAUAAGGCGAGGUCUUGGCGGUUUGUUGAUUUAUGUGCAUGGAUUGGCAGAAAGGGGUACCAGUCUAUCACAGGCUUGUACUCUGACAUGAUUAGAGAACCCAUUGGUCGGAAAGAAACAUUCAUUGAAAAAAAUGAAGAAAUUACAGAACUCAAAAAGUAUUUGGAGGAAGUUGACAACAAACAAACGCGGCUAGCUCAGGAGAAUGUUUUCUUACAAGAACAAAUGAAAAACAUGAUGACUAAGCUCGAAGAACUGGAGGGUAAGCUCAGCCGACAUGAAUGCCAACAAUCAUCAACACUAGUCCCAGCACCAUCUGCACCACCACCGCCGCCUCCGCCGCCACCGCCACCGCCACCACCGCCGCUACCGCCUCCGCAACCCGCGACUAAACUAGUCCGCUCACAUACAAUACCAAGAUGUGGAUCUGCACCCCCAAGGAUCACUGGGCCACGGCUGACUAUCACGCCGCAAGACAUAGCUAAUGUGAAACUUAGGAAAACAAAGGACAACCCAGUGCGGUCGAAACCAGUACCUAAAGACUCGAUGCAGCCCUUAGUGACACAGCAGAUGCUUCAGAACACGCGAGCAAAGUUGGGCCGAUCACGGCCAAUCGCUGCUUCAACGCCAAAGCAACAACUAUCGGAACUAGAGAAGUGCCUCCUGCAGGAGACUUCAACAACCGCACUGUACAGGCGACGCGUGGCCCGUGGGUCUUUCCGCAGCGCGGAAGACCUGCGCCCGCGGCCUUAUCCCGCCUCCCGCGCCGCGCGAUCUCCACACGGCCCACGCUCCCCUCGAUCUAACUCGCUACCUCGCGGUGUGCAAAUAACACCUAUAAAUUUUAAUAACUGUGGUGCAUUAAAAUAACCUUUCUUCAUGUUCGUCAAUAAUUUGUCUUGCAAUUUUUUGAAGUAAGCUGAUCAAUAAUUUAGCGAUUAGUCUAUUAUUAGAGGAACUAUUAAUACCUCCUUAAUUAAGGCUUCGGAGUUGGCCGAUACUUGAAAGUAUUUCUAGAAGUGUUGAUUACUCUAGAAUAUUUAGCUUUGCUAUUACACAAUCGUACUUAAUACCUUUUAAUAUAAUUUUGUAUGAUUUUGGCUGUAAUAUUUACAAUAAUCAUGGUCAUUUGGUCAUCAAUCAAGUUUCGAUCACUUUAAUUUAAAUAUUAUUAGCAUUUAGAAUUGUAAAGAAUCCUUUGAAAUUUACGUUUAUUAGUAUUGACAAGAAAAUAUAAA